GGCGCGCGCGCGCAGCGAUGGCGGAGGCGGUGGAACGCACAGACGAGCUGGUCCGGGAGUACCUGCUCUUCCGUGGCUUCACGCACACACUGCGGCAGUUGGAUGCCGAGAUCAAGGCGGACAAAGAGAAGGGGUUCCGGGUGGACAAGAUUGUGGACCAGUUGCAACAGUUGAUGCAGGUAUACGACUUGGCUGCCCUUCGGGAUUAUUGGAGCUACUUGGAACGCAGGCUCUUCAGCCGCUUGGAGGACAUAUAUCGACCCACCAUCAACAAACUGAAAACCAGCCUGUUCCGCUUUUAUCUUGUCUACACAAUCCAGACAAACCGAAACGACAAGGCUCAGGAGUUCUUUGCGAAGCAGGCUACGGAGCUCCAGAACCAGGCUGAAUGGAAGGAUUGGUUUGUCCUGCCCUUCUUGCCAUCCCCAGACACCAACCCUACCUUCGCUACCUACUUUUCUCGACAAUGGGCCGACACUUUCAUUAUUUCUCUGCACAAUUUCCUGAGCGUCCUCUUUCAGUGCAUGCCGGUUCCUGUGAUCCUGAACUUUGAUGCUGAGUGCCAGAGGACCAAUCAGGUCCAAGAAGAAAAUGAAGUUCUGCGCCAGAAGCUUUUUGCACUGCAAGCCGAAAUCCAUCGGCUGAAGAAGGAAGAGCAACAGCAGGAAGAAGAAGCAGCUUCGGUUCAACACAAACUGCCACCUUAUGUCUCCAGUAUGGACCGCCUUGGGGACUCGGAGCUAGCAUUGGUGUGCAGCCAGAGGCCCGCCUCCCUCUCCCAGUCUCCUCGAGUGGGGUUCCUGUCCUCACUGCUGCCUCAGAGUAAGAAGAGCCCUUCAAGGUUGUCACCUGCCCAAGCUCCCCCUCAGGCUCAGAGUUCAGCCAAGAAAGACUCCUUCAGCAGUCAGGCUACCAAGGGAAAGGACCCAGUGCCUGGGGCCAAGGAUGGAAAGAGCCUUCUGAGUGGGCCAGUCCCUGGGGAAGCCAGCUGGACACAUCAGCGACAACGGCGUCUGCAGGACCAUGGCAAGGAGAGGAGGGAACUGCUCUCUACGUCUUCCUCCCAGUCACAGUGUGCAGAGAAGAAGCCGGAAGGCAGUGGCCCAGAGGCUGAGCCCUGCCUGGAACUCCACAUGGGGCCAGUAGAGGUCCUGGCCCGGGUGUCCACAGCAGGUUCUGAGGGAGACCGCCCGGAGCAGCCCUUCAUAGUGCUGAGCCAAGAAGAAUAUGGGGAGCACCAUUCAUCCAUCAUGCACUGCAGAGUGGACUGCUCUGGUAGGAGAGUGGCCAGCUUAGACGUAGAUGGGGUCAUCAAGGUGUGGUCCUUCAAUCCCAUCAUGCAGACCAAAGCGUCCUCCAUUUCUAAGUCACCACUGCUCUCCCUAGAGUGGGCCACCAAGAGAGACAGGCUGCUCCUGCUGGGCAGUGGUGUGGGAACGGUGCGUCUUUAUGACACAGAAGCCAAGAAGAACCUCUGUGAAAUCAACAUCAAUGAUGACAUGCCCAGAAUCCUGUCUCUUGCCUGCAGCCCCAAUGGGGCCUCUUUCGUCUGUUCAGCUGCAGCUCCGAGCCUUACCUCCCAGACAGACUCUUUGGCCCCGGAUAUCGGCAGCAAAGGCAUGAACCAGGUUCCUGGCAAGCUGCUGUUAUGGGAUACAAAAACCAUGAAGCAGCAGCUUCAGUUCUCACUGGACCCAGAGCCAAUUGCCAUCAACUGCACAGCUUUCAAUCACAAUGGGAACCUACUGGUCACAGGGGCGGCUGAUGGAGUCAUCCGGCUCUUUGACAUGCAGCAGCAUGAGUGUGCCAUGAGCUGGAAGGCCCACUGUGGAGAGCUCUACUCUGUGGAAUUCAGCUGUGACGAGAACGCCGUGUACAGCAUUGGCGAGGACGGCAAGUUCAUCCAGUGGAACAUCCACAAGAGUGGCCUCAAGGUAUCCGAGUACAACCUCCCUUCAGAUGCCACUGGCCCCUUUGUCCUGUCUGGCUACAGUGGCUACAAGCAGGUUCAAGUUCCCAGAGGCCGACUCUUUGCUUUUGACUCAGAGGGCAAUUACAUGCUGACAUGCUCUGCCACAGGGGGCCUCAUCUACAAGCUGGGCAGUGAAGAGAAAGUUCUAGAAAACUGCCUGAGCCUGGGUGGCCACCGUGCCCCUGUGGUCACCGUGGACUGGAGCACCGCCAUGGACUGUGGGACGUGCCUCACAGCCUCCAUGGAUGGCAAGAUCAAGCUCACUACCCUCCUAGCCCAUAAGCUCUGAUGUCCUGCCUGGAGUGACACGCUGGAAACAGAAUUGUCUCUGGCAGAAGAGAGAGAUGAGAAGGCACAGGACAGUGCUUUGGUUCCGCACUGACGGGGCUGUGGAUCUUCAGGAAAGACCGCCGAGGGGGCUCAAUCAUCCAGACGCAGCUCCUGGCGCAGGAGAUGUGGAGCUGCGUGUACUUCCUAGAGACUGGAACCGUGGCUGUAGCAGAGAGUGCUCCAGAGCACAGGACAGAUACUGGGGAGCCGCAGUGGUGCACCAUGUUUGGUCCAAGUGGCAUUGACUGUAUUUUGUACAUAAUUGUUUAUUUUUCCUCUUUUAAGGGAAAAAAAAAUCAGGGCAAGAUAAUGCUCUUACAGUCA